AUGUCGACGUCUGGAAAAACCAUCGGUGAGAUUGAGCACCUGGAACGGGCUGACGGGAUUGCUUCAGUCAAUCUAAAGCCAAGUGCAAGAGUCGAUACCAUCCACAACGAUGAAGCCCUCAAGGUGCUCGCCGGUUACGACGGCGAAAGCACGUGGACUGCCGCCGAAGAGAACAAACUGCGAAGGAAGAUCGAUUGGAUGCUGAUGCCCGUCUUGUGCAUGACGUACGGGCUGCAAUACUAUGACAAGGCCAUGUUAUCCCAAGCUGCUUUAUUCGGACUUCGGACAGACCUAGAUUUGACAACUGGUGAUCGAUACUCCUUCUCAGCCUCCAUAUUCUACCUUGGGUUCAUCGUUGGCGCCUACCCAGCGAUGGUUCUUGCCCAGAAGUAUCCCGUGGAGCGUGUUGCGUCAAUCAUCGUCACCCUAUGGGGGCUGUGCCUGCUUCUGACCACGCAGUGCACCAAUUACAAGAGUCUCUUUGCGCAGCGCUUUUUUCUGGGGUUUCUUGAAGCACCAAUCAGUCCUAUGUUCAUGCUUAUAGUCGGGAGUUGGUACAAGAAGAACGAACAAGCCAUGAGAAUGGGGAUUUGGUAUAGCUGUACAGGCUAUGUCUCUGUCUUCUCCCCACUCAUCAAUUAUGGGCUCGGUCAGAUCAACGGUGGCGCGUCGUCUUGGAGGUACAUGUACUACUUCUCUGGAGCCCUGACAAUAGUCUGGGGCAUUCUUCUAUACUUUGCAUUGCCACCAGACCCCAUCCGAGCUCAAGGCUUUGAUCAUAGACAGCGGUACAUAUUGAUCGCCAGACUUCGGAACAACAACUCCGGAGUUCGAAACACGCACUUUAAGAGUGACCAGGUGUGGGAACUGCUUUCAGACGUCAAGUUCUGGCUGGUGUUUUCCAUUGCGUUUCUGUCCAUGAUCGCCAACGGCCCAAUCUCUACAUUUGUUCCGAUAAUUAUCAACGGAUUCGGAUUCAGCACACUCAACAGUCUAUUACUCGUCAUGCCUGCUGGGGCGUAUGCCGGUACUGUGCAGCUGCUGUUUCCGUACCUGGCAUCCAAGUACAAAGACCUCAGGAGCUGGAUCUAUCUGGGCGGCCAGCUCUUGAGCACGCUUGCCGCACUCCUUCUGUGGCUUCUGCCGCUAUCUGCAAAGGGCGCUUUGCUUGUGGAGGGCUUCGACCAUGCUUACGAAGAUGACCUGACGGAUAUAAAGAAUGCGCAGUUCAGUUUCGCUCUCGGCUUGCUGUCUCCACUGCACGUUGAGGGUCCCAGGCUGAUGAUAAAGGGCGGGGCCCCGCAGCGAGUCCUGCAGUGGUUGCAGGCGACCUUGGCCCGCUGCCGCGUACUAGCUGAAGACACGAUGCCCGAGACUAUUAAAGUCCAUGAUUGGCUGCAUUUCGAUGCUCAGGAGGCGAAGAAGAGACGUGCAGAAGCUGUAUGCACCGAGUGCCACUCGAAAAAGGUCAAGUGUGAUUUCCAGCAACGUACAACUCAUGGCAUAGAGAAUUGUACCAACUGUCAAGCAUCAGAAAAGGAGUGCCACCUGCGCACUUCCCGACGCAGAAAGCGCCGUGUGGUGCCGGCGACGCAGCGUCCGAACCGGCCUCUGACUCCUCCUCAGUCGGAGGUAGUCGUAGCCACGGCUGACGGCUCCAGCUCGCAAGCAGACCUGACACUUGAUACCAUUCACUUCUCAUCAUCCCCUGGGUUCCAGGAAAUCGAUUUGGUUCGAUCUGAAGCAAUGGCCGAAAGGCCCUCGCCCUCAGUGUCAAAUCACACAACGUCACUCCUGCAAGGCGGCCAACAGGGCCCGUCCCCUUCUGCAAAUAGCGCCACUUCUCGUCCAGGACUCAUCACCGGUAGUCAAAGAGGCGAUAUAGAUACGGGAUUCCUACAUGUUUAUGGCCCUGAAAACGAGUUCGAUGCCCAGAAACAAGCCCUCGAGGCCUGCCUCAACCAAGAGUACCCCUUAGCCGACCCACAACAGCAGGGUCUUAUGGGAAGCUUUUCCGAGACGUAUUUUGAAUACUGCUACCCCUGGUGUCCGGUCCUAGACCCGAGCACUAUUGAUAACGAGAUAGCGCGUUCCCCACUGCUUGCCAACGCCCUGGCGGUUGCUGGUAGUCACGUCCAGCCCCCCUUAAUGCCUUGCCUAGGACCUGCAGAGUAUUACAAAAAGGCGAGGACUAUCUUCUACGAGGACGGGGAAAUGGAUGAAUUGGCUACACUCAAGUCCAUCGCUAUCUUCUAUUGGUGGGCGCCUCGGCCGCCGUCUCUUGUCCACCGACGCUCGUCUUGGUGGUGGACAUCUGUCUCCAUCCGACACGCACAACAGAUGAAUCUCCAUCGGGAGCCCUCGGCGGACGAUCCUUUGAGGGAGCAACUAUCUCUCAGCCUCCGGCGGAGGAUCUGGUGGACGGCCUUUGACUUCAAGGCCAGGGAGCGAUUGACGGCACUGUGCCAGAGUAAACCCGUCAUAAUUGACCCAGAGGACUGUAGUAUUUCCGAAUUGGUCCUCGAGGAUUUUCCCAGUGAGCCCCGUCUACAACGUAAGGGCGAAGUCUUUAUCUACUGGGUCCGCCUAUGUGCCAUCAUUGGAAAGGUCGCAAAGACUCUGUUCAGACCAGCGAUGAAUGCAUCUCCUGAUUUCCAGUCCCUUGAUCAACAUCGAAAGGAACUAGUUGAUUGGGUGACGUCCCUUCCACCACAUUUACGGCUUUCCAUAAACUCCGCUAGAACCCAGCAUUUUGACAGAGACGUACAUCAGCUCCAUUUGCCCUACCUGACGACCAUCAUCGUCCUGAAUCUUCGGCGCUCAGCAGAAUCACUGCCUCAAGCACUUCCGCCGGCCAUCCUUGCAGCUUCCUGCACUUCCAGGAUACUGCGAGAUAUUCUCGCACGGGGUAAUACCCGUUUCUUGCAGGCAAUCAGCUGCUGGUACUGUGGAACCGCUUUUAUCCCGCUUCUUCAGGCCUCAUGGGUUCCUAGUCUGUCCAAAGAUGCCAACGCUUCCCUUGAUAUCUUAGAGCGCACAGUCGAGCAGCUCCAAAAGAUGUGGGCCACAGCCGACGUAAUACAAGGCGGAUUCAGACGGCUCAGGAGUAUGGCGACUGAGUCUUCAUGGAAUGUCCCGCUUCCAUUACAGCCGAUCGAUCAUGCAGCAACGGGUCCUAACCACGAGAACUCACUGGUCUCUGAGGGCGUCGAAGGCUUCGAUUGGACCACGCUAUUCCCUUUUGCUACACGCCAGACCAGCGAUAUUGCCGACGUUCUAUUGAAGGAUAACGAGGAAGGGAUGCUCAAUGAUGUUUUCCCUUCAGACAGUACUAUGUUUCAAGAGGCUCUGAUGACUCAAUUCGAUGAUCCGUUCGCCGAAAGCCCAGACCUCAGAAUAGAUUUCAUGGCGAUGCCGCCGUAG